AUGGAAGUAAUACUUGUCCUCCUCGUGGUUGUUACAGCUGUGUCUGGGUGUGGUGAACCCAGCUACCAGCCCAGCACCAGCCGGGUGGUGAACGGGGAAGAGGCCCGUCCCUACAGCUGGCCAUGGCAGGUUUCUCUGGAGUCGUUCUUCCCCACGUGUGGAGGAACGCUUAUUGCUCCUAACUGGGUCCUGACUGCUGCACACUGCAUCACAUUCCACACCUACAGGGUUGUUCUUGCUGAGCACGACAUCAACAAGGAGGAGGGACCUGAACAGUUCAUUAUGGUGGCAAACAUGUUCAUCCAUCCCAAAUGGAACGACAACUGUGUGUCUUGUGGCAAUGACAUCGCCCUGCUUAAACUGGAGACAAACGCUGUCAUCAAUGACAAAGUUCAGCCGGCCUGCCUGCCUCAGCACGGCGCUGCGCUUGCCCACAACCAGCCCUGUUAUGUCACAGGCUGGGGUCGGCUCUACUCUGGUGGUCCUCGGGCGACUACACUGCAGCAGGCCCUACUUCCUGUGGUGGAUCACACUACCUGCAGUCAGAGUGACUGGUGGGGCAGCUCGGCAAAGACAACCAUUGUCUGUGCAGGAGGAGAGAGCAAGUCAGCAUGCGACGGCGACUCCGGAGGUCCUCUGAACUGUGAGGGCAGCGACGGUAAGUGGUAUGUGGAAGGUUUGACUAGUUUUGUGGACGGACGGGGCUGUAACACCCCACAGAGGCCCACAGUCUUCACCCGAGUGGCCACUUUCAUCCCCUGGAUCAGUGAGACCAUGGCCCAAAACUGA